GCCAUGGGCAAGCAGAACAGCAAGCUGCGGCCCGAGAUGCUGCAGGACCUGCGGGAGAAUACAGAGUUCUCAGAGCUGGAGCUGCAGGAGUGGUACAAGGGCUUCCUCAAGGACUGCCCCACGGGCAUCCUCAACGUGGAUGAGUUCAAGAAGAUCUACGCCAACUUCUUCCCCUACGGUGACGCCUCCAAGUUCGCGGAGCAUGUCUUCCGCACCUUUGACACCAACAGCGAUGGCACCAUCGACUUCCGGGAGUUCAUCAUCGCGCUGAGUGUGACCUCACGUGGCCGCCUGGAGCAGAAGCUCAUGUGGGCCUUCAGCAUGUACGACCUGGAUGGCAACGGCUAUAUCAGCCGUGAGGAGAUGCUGGAGAUCGUGCAGGCCAUUUACAAGAUGGUUUCGUCCGUGAUGAAGAUGCCGGAGGACGAGUCGACCCCGGAAAAGAGGACUGAGAAGAUCUUCCGCCAAAUGGACACAAACAACGACGGCAAGCUGUCCUUGGAGGAGUUCAUCCGCGGGGCCAAAAGCGACCCGUCCAUCGUGCGUCUGCUGCAGUGCGACCCCAGCAGCGCCUCCCAGUUCUGA